GUGGAGGACUCAUCGUUCUCUCAUCAAAACAAAAACAUGUCAGCUUAUUUUUCGGCUCCUCUGAAGGUUUUAUAAAUAUGACAGCGACACCACGGGUACUAUAACAGCCUCACAUUAUCAACAUGGAGACGUAGAAAACGCCGAGUCACGCAGGUUAGUUUUAAUUAUAGCUUUCAUAGGUUAACAUUAGCUUAGCAUUAGCUUAGCAGUUAGCUCCUCUCCAUGGCGUCCUCCGCGGGGCUCCCUCCUCUCGGACCCGACCGAGCUGCCUCCUCCUCCGGCCCUCACUCCGCUGGGAGGCCGCCUCACCGUCCCCACCACCACCCCCUACACCCGGCGCACUCCAGCCCGGGCUGUGUGCUCAUGGUGGAGUCAGUGGACGACGCGGAGGGUCUGUACGUGGCGGUGGAGCGAUGCCCGCUGUGCAGCACCUCGCGCCGCAGGCUGACCUGUGCGCGCUGCGUCCAGGCCGGGGACUUCGUUUACUUCGAUGCGAGGAACACUGAGAGAUACAUUGAAAAGUUGGAGCGACUGAAGAAGCUGAAGGAAGAAAAGGAGCAGCUGCAACAGAGUGCCAUCCAGAACAUGGACAAGAAGCUGCAGGCUGAUGAGAUGAAAUGGAAGAUCAUGUCGUGUAAAAUGAAGAUCGAGCAGCUGAAGGAGGCGGUCGCUGCGGGGAACGAGGAGGUGAAGAGCGAUAAGGAGCUGCUGCUUCGCUCUCUGGAGGAGAAACAGCGUCUGCAGCGCCGGGCCGGGCGUCACCAGGACAAGCGGGAUAAGAUCGAGCGGCACAACCGGCGCCUCGGGGACCUGCUGGAGAAACGCAGCCGGGAGCUGCAGAGCCGGCUGGGUCAGCUGGCGGCUCUGAGGCGGGAUCAUAUUCUGGAGCUCAACACACACAUCUUCCCCACACAGGAGGAGAAGCUGGGCAGCAGAGACCCCGCGGACGUGGUGGCGGAGUGCGACCCCGCUCUGACCUCCAGCACAGUGAGCGAGCUGGCCGAGGCUCGCAGGACGACCUACCUGUCUGGCCGCUGGAUCUGGGACGACCAGAACGGGGAGACCAGCAUCAGCAUCACCGGACCCCCCGUCACCCUGCCCAGCAACGGAGACUGCUCCGCCUACUAUACCUGGGUGGAGGAGAAGAGCACCAAUCAGGGCCCAGAGUUGGACCACAUCAACCCGGCUCACACCAUCAGCGCCGCUCUGUGCUACGCCACGCAGCUCGUCACCAUCCUGUCUCACAUUCUGGACGUCAACCUGCCCAAGAAGCUCUGCAACAGCGAGUUCUGUGGAGAGAAUCUGAGCAGGUACCGCUUCACCAGAGCUCUGAGCAAACUCAACACCAACAUCCUGCACCUCUGCUUCUCACAGCAUGUAGACAGUGAGAAGCUGCACCCUCAUCACACUCUGAGGAACAUCAUGUUUCUGGUUUCCCCUGAAAACGACAACCUGGGCCGGACGGGUCCGUUCGAGGUGAGCGCCGACCUGGAGGAGUCGAUGGAGUUCGUGGAGCCGGAGGCGGCCGGGCCGGCGGAGGAGAGCGGAGACGAGGCGGUGACGGACGAGGAGACGGACCUCGGGACGGACUGGGAGACGGUGCCCAGUCCUCGGUUCUGUGACAUCCCAUCUCAGUCCAUGGACCUUUCCCAGAGUGCACUGCAGGUGUCGCAGCCUUCUGCUAACGCCGGAGGGAUGAUCUCCUCCGCCGCCGCCUCCGUCUCCUCGUGGUUCAGAGCUUACACCGGACAGCGCUGACGCAAAACCAGAACCAGAUCCACCAGUCUGCUUCAGAUCUGGAGUCAAACUCAAGGGGUCAGAGGUCAGCGGGUCGAUGAGAGUUCAAACUGUUCACAGAGACAACAAUGAGACUGUGAAUCUUCACUGGGAAGGAUCGGACGGUAACAUGGUUUCUAUUUAAUUCUGCACACCAGCAACCUUUUAAUUUAUAUCGAAUAAAUGAUUAAAAACAACAGAGGAUAAAAUGUUUCAGAAGUUAAAGUCCUUCUUCAGUAAGUCCUGUAAACAUGAUUAAAUGAAACAUCACUAUUCUUUAAUUCCCCUCAUAGUGUGUACAGAAACAUGUGAUAAAAGGUUUGAAAACACGCUUUUAUGCAGUUUAAAGCACAUUGAAGUCUGUAAUAUGCAUUAUUAUGAACUACAUUACACUAAGCCGACCCUUUUAUCAAAAGCCACUCACAAUAGGUGCAAUAAACCAUUGAGAUACAAACUCAGAACAACAAGAAAAGUGCUGAUACAGUCGCUUUAAAUAAGCCAAACUAUUGACCAACUAUAACUAAUGUAAAUAUUACAAUAAAGGGAGGGUGUAGCGGCAGAUCAUCAAUACAAAAGGACUCUGUAGGGCAGCAAAUAGCAUCUUUAAAUGUCCGAAAGUAAAAUAAAAUGUCCGUUAAAGUGUGUCAAAGUUCAAGGUGGGGUCUUUAAAUGUCUUUUAUCCGAUGGUAUUCCGGUAGGUAGAAAAUAUGCAUUUAAGAGGCGGACAACAGUCAAAACUGUGUGUUUAUGAACCUUUAUUACACGAGUGUUUACUUUUGUCUCGUCGACCCGCCGCCUCGCUGUCUGUCGCCACAAAGGGAAAACGUUCAGCUUUUAUUUUGAAAUUUUUAAUAUAUUGUUUUGUUUUUAUUUGUCUGCGUGAUGUCGGGAGCUGACAAACUGAACUCCUAAGGACAACAACACUUUUUUGGGGUUUUUUUUUGAGCGCCAUGAGGAUCUAAAACUGACGCCGAAAGGACGGUAUGAGGAAUGAAUGUAUACGUGAGAUUAUGGGAUGUAUUCUGUGUGACUAGAGAACGACAGAAGUGGAGGUGGAAACACGCUGGAGGAGUUUAAAUGUUUCUCUGAAGCAGCGUCGGAAAAGACGUUUAUUUUUCCUGCUGAAGGAACAAAAGUGUGCUUAAAGUUUCUCUGUUUGAAAAGUUUUUAAAUAAAAUCCUGUUUUCUGGACAAAAAA